AUGUUCAAAGUUGAAGAUAAGAUCAGUGCUAUGUUCUUGGAGUCUGCAGAGCAGAGUUUACCUGACCCAAUAAAGAUCAACGCAGCCGAGCACCUACGCAGCCUAGCCACGACUUUUAGGAUAUACUUCCCCGAACCUGACCCUGACGAUGGUUGGAUUCGAAAUCCUUUCAGCUGUCAAGCAAUUGAACAAAUCCAAGGCCUCACAGAAGAAGAACAAGAUAAGCUUGUGGACUUGUCGAGUUGUGGUACGAUGAAGGACAUUUUUAAUGGCGAGAAAAUAGCAGAAUUCUGGGCAACAGCACGCAAGGAUUACAAAGAAUUUGGAGACAAGGCCAUGAAAAAAAUCCUUCCGUUUGCAACAACCUAUCAGUGUGAGCAAACAUUUUCUUCUAACAUUACAGAAAUAAUGGAUGCUAAGGUUAAAUUCAACGUAUCUCAUUAA